UGUGCUUCUAAGUUAAUAGAACUAAACACAUGUGUAUGUAUUAAUUGCUAUAUACGUCAUAAUUUCAACCAUAAUAUUAAAUUAUGGUAUGUAUUAUUAAAAAGUAUAGUUUAAUGUAUAUAUUAAAUAUAUAUCAUUUAUUCGUAGAUUUCAAAUAUGGAUACUGGAUCAAAGAAGGAGAUUAAAGAAAUGAUUACCAAAGAUAUAUCGAAUAUACAUAAUUAUUCCUUGGAUGUUAAAAAAUAUAUUAACAACCAGCUUGAAGACACUCUGGAUUAUUUACAUGGUUUAAUUGCUGAAAUACCACAAUCAGUCCCUGGCCCUUCAACUACAAAGAGGCCGAAAGUUUUGAAGAAAAAAGGUUAUCGCCGUAAAGAGACUAUCCCAGAAAAUGAUAUUAUCAAUACUGAUAAUACAGUAACAGAUUCAGCAGUACAUGAUAAAACAGAAAAUAAAGAUGUAAAAACUGGGGAUGUGCUGGAAACAACAAUUGACCGAACAAAAAGAAAGGCUGCAAUAAAAGCUGCAAUUAAUAUUAAAAAGCAGCAGUCAAUGUCACUUGUUACAAAAUUACGAAGGCUAACUCUUGAUGAUGACAGUAAUGUAAAUAGGAAACGUGGAGGCCGACCUAAAAAAAAGGAAAGUGCUAGAAGUAGUUCAGAUGAAAAAAACACAAAAGGUCCUACAAAACAUAGUAAAACAAAAAAGAAUGUUUUAAGCGAAACAAUUUCAAAAGAAGAUGCAAUACAGCCAGAAAGGAUUGAACCAUUAAAGUCUUCAAUGACAACAAGAUAGAUAGACAACAAUAUAAAGAGAACUUUUUCACGGAGUGAAAACACGAAGGGUAAAUAUUCUAAUAUUAUUGAUGAUACAGUAAUUCCAUCAGCAAGAAAUGAUAUUGAAGAUCCUUCAAUGUGCGAGGAUGCACUUGAGAAAUUUACUCCUCUUAUGAAUUCCACGAUGGACAUCAAUUCUACUUAUACGCAGAAGAUGAUGGACGCUACCGCAAUUGUAGAACCUUUAUCACCAAUAAAAUCAAACGAAACUGUAGUAAUUAAUAAAAACUUGGCUAGUAGUAUAGGAAAAAAUAAUGAACCUAAAUUUGCAUCACGGUCGCCAAUAACUCUGCAGGAGGAGGUUCAGCAGCUGAAUCAAGCGAUUGGACUCACCGAGUUCGAAGAAUUAUUCGCAGAAGAUGAGCCAUCCCGUGAAAGGGAAAUGUCUAAUAGAAACAUGACGAAACAGGACAUUCAAAAUGAAAUGAAGAAAAAUGUGCCCGUAAGAAGGAGAAUCGAGGCCUUUGAAAAAGAAAAAAUUUCAGAAAAAGCCAUUGUACAA